GUAUGAAGCGUUCAAGGAAAUUCUGGAGUUUUUCCUUGAUUUGUGAGGGAAUUCUCGUUAACGCUAAGUGGGGAAUCGAGACUACUCGAAAUAUACGUAAAGGUACCAGGUUCGUUUACAUUGCUAAUGGAUCUGGUGCAGGUUUACUCUCGUUAGCGUUUGCAUGCAACUUUUACAAGGUUUCCGUUUUUAUAUGGACUGCUUGCUCAAUGAUGAUUAUGAGUUCUAUGGCUGAUAGCUUGAUCGCCUCUGACCCGUCCAAAUCGGCCUUUUUGGAGUUCGGACACGGACUCUCAUCCCACCAGCAGCAUUCCCCGGGGCUGUCUCACAACCACUACCCCGUGCAUGGCUUGCACUCGAGCGGGCACACGCAGCACGAAGGUUCCUUCCCUCCUAGCGCUUCUUCUUACAGUCGCUCGCUGGCGUACCCCUACCCUGGCGCGGUGAACAGUCACCACCCGAGCGCUUACCUCUCCUACCAGCACAACAGCCAUAGCAGCACUUUAGCACACACGAGGAUAGACGACCCAGAUCUCGAGAAGUCGACGGUGAUCGAGAAUGGAGAGAUCAGACUUAAUGGCAAAGGAAAGAAGAUCCGUAAACCUCGAACGAUCUAUUCCAGUUUACAACUCCAGGCUUUGAAUCAAAGAUUUCAGCAAACCCAGUACCUGGCAUUGCCAGAGAGGGCCGAUCUGGCAGCUAAACUGGGACUUACCCAGACCCAGGUUAAGAUUUGGUUCCAAAACAAACGUUCCAAGUACAAGAAGAUCAUGAAGCACGGCCCAAGCGGACCAGAAGGAGAGCAUCUCCACACCACCUCAUCCAUCUCGCCGUGCUCCCCCAAUAUUCCCCAUCUCUGGGACGUCUCAUUGGCCAACAAAGGCGCGCCAAUGCCGGCCAGUAGCUACAUGAACAAUUUUGGACACUGGUACCCAACGCACCAUCAGGACAAUAUGCCAAGGGCUCAAAUGAUGUGAUGUAGACCAUAUCUUUCAAAAAUACCUACAAAAUAGAAAAAAAGAAGAAGAAAAAAAGCCCAACAGUCUCCAAACUUCACGAGGCCUUACGGGACACUACGUGUUAUGUUUUGCUUACCUUUAAAAUAUAUAUUUUAAUCUUGUUUUAUGUUAUUUUUAAGAAUGAAGUGGCCUUGCAAA